AUGCUAGAAGUGUCAUCGUUAUCAUUUCAGUACCGCUACGCGACAACAUUUGAUUACGUCCUGCUGUCCAUCGCUAUCGUUUUUUCAGUAGCUCAGGGAGCACUAAACUCAGUGUCUUCUGUUAUUUUCAAAGGUCUCACCAAUGCUCUGAUUGUCGGCCAAGCACAAUGGGAUCAGGAUGUAUUUGACUAUCCUGAAUUUUAUCAUAAUGCAAUGAACGCGAUUUACGAGUACACUGGAUACGGAUUAGGCGUAUUCUUCCUGGGAUUCAUCUCGAUGUCUUGUUGGCACACUGUUUGCGAGAGGCAAAUUCACAAGAUAAGAAAAUACUAUUUUGCUGCGGUACUACGGCAGAAUAUGGGUUGGUUCGAUAAAAAUGAAGUUGGCGAAUUGACCACAAAAAUGACCGACGGAAUAGACAGGAUAAAAGACGGUUCUGGAGACAAGCUUGGAAUUUUAUGUUCGUGUGUAGCAACAUUUAUUGGGGGAUUGACAGUGGCCUUUUGCCAAAGUUGGAAAAUGACGUUGGUUAUGAUGGCAUUUAUUCCACUUAUUGCGGGAGUAAUUUCAUUUCUCGUCAAAUUUAUUAAUACCAGUGUCAAACUGGAGAUGCAACUUUACGAAGAGGCUGGUGCAUCUGCAGAAGAGGCAGUCUCAGGAAUUCGGACUGUCAUAAGCUGCAACGGACAGAAGCAAGAGAUAGAAAGAUACAGCUACAGGCUCAAGGAGGCGCAGAGACACGGCAUAAAAAAAGGAUUUUUUGUUGCAGUGGCAACUGCCCUCGUGUUUAUUUUUAUAUUCGUCGCUAUGGGCAUAGCGUUUUGGUUUGGCACGAAACUGUAUGUCGACAAAGAAAUUACUGCGGGUGACGUAUUUUCGACUUUCUGGGCAGUUAUGAUUGGAACCAUAUCUAUAGGCCAAGCUGCUCCGCAACUUGGUGUGAUCAUGGCGGCUAGAAAUGCGGCUUCAAAUAUCUUUUCCAUUAUUGAUCGCAAACCAGAAAUAGACUGCCAAAGUCCUAAAGGGGGAAAGAUUGAGUCUCCAAAAGGAGAUAUUGAGUUUAAAGGAAUACACUUUAGAUACCCGACACGGCCAGAUAUCAAGGUCUUGGAAGACGUCAACUUUAAAGUACCUUGUGGCAAAUCAGUUGCACUUGUGGGCCACAGCGGAUGCGGUAAAUCAACUCUAGUGGGUCUUCUUCUACGCUAUUACAACGUGGAAAGCGGAAUUAUUGAAAUAGAUGGGGUUCCUCUUGAAAACCUUAAUAUUUCUUGGCUUAGGAAAGUAAUUGGUGUCGUAUCACAGGAGCCUGUUCUUUUCGGUGCAACCAUAGCUGAGAAUUUAAGAUUAGGUAAAGAAGACAUGACUUAUGAGGAGAUGGAAAAAGUUUGUAGGAUGGCAAAUGCUCAUAAUUUUAUUUCAGAUCUUCCUCAGGGUUACGACACAAGAAUUGGUGAAGGAGGGGUACAGCUUUCUGGCGGCCAGAAACAGCGUAUCGCUAUAGCGCGGGCUCUUGCUAGAGAUCCUAAAAUACUUCUGCUGGAUGAGGCAACUAGCGCUCUGGACACAGAAAGUGAACAGAUUGUCCAACACGCCCUGGAAAAGGCUAGUGCAGGACGUACUACAAUAACUAUUGCUCAUAGGCUGUCUACAAUCCGAAACUCUGAUAACAUCAUUGUUUUUGACCAUGGCAGAAUCGUUGAAACAGGAACUCACAGGGAACUCAUUGAAAGCCAAGGCGUUUACUACCAAUUGGUAAGAGCUCAGGAAAUUGAAAAGGUCAGAAGGGAAGAAAGAUCUAGAGAAGAACGUGAACAAGAAGAUAUGGAAGUAAUACGUGCAGGACGUAUCUCUCGUACAGUUUCGUCCACUUCGUCAAACUCUUCUCGAUUAAGCCGGCGCAUUAAAAGAUCUUUAACCAGCGCAUCUGCUAAUGAGCGAGCAGUUGCUGAGCUUAAGGAAGAAUGCGCAGAAAGUAAGGUAGAACCGUCAGGACUGUUUGAGAUAAUACGAUUUGCUGAUAAAGAAUGGCUUCUUUUGAUAAUUGCGCUGAUAAGCUCUUUGGCCAAAGGAGUUGUUUUCCCAAUAUUUUCUGUUAUUUAUGGUGCUAUGUUCAAGACACUCGCAAAGACGGACAGGAACGAAAUAAUGCACGGUGCAAGACAGAAUGCAGUUUACUUUGCUUUGUUGGGAAUUAUGGCUGGUAUUUCAACUUUUGUAGGAGGGUUUUUGUUUACUACAGCUGGCGAACGUUUGACGAGAAGACUUCGGCUUACACUAUUCAGUCAUAUUAUGCGACAGGAUGGCGAAUACUUUGAUUCGUUAGACCACGCGUCAGGAAAGCUUACGACUCGACUUGCAACUGAUGCUCCAAACAUUCGAGCAGCUAUAGAUCAAAGGCUCUCAGAUGUCUUGCAGUGUAUAUCGUCUUUGAUUUCCGGCAUCAUCAUUGCGUUUUCCUACGGACCGAAAAUGGCUCCAAUUGGAAUUCUAACUGCCGUUGCUUUGAUUUUAUUUCAAACUCUCUCUGCUCAAUAUCUUAAAGUGCGUACGAACAAAGAUCAAAAAUUGGCUGAAGAACCGUCUAGACUUUCAACAGAAGCUAUUCAAAACCAUAAAACGGUGCAAUAUUUGACCCGCGAAAAGCACUUUUACGAGGAGUUUGAGAAUCUAAUGCAUCCUGUACAUAAUAGAACACUAUUCCGAGGAAUUAUUCAGGCUUUUACUUAUGCUUUGCAUAUGUCGUUUGUAUUUAUAAACUUUGCAUGCGCUUAUCGAUUUGGAAUAUGGCUUGUUAAGACAAAAAAUUCUACUCCAUACACUGUGUUUCAGGUUAUUGAAGCAUUGAACACUGCUUCUAUGAGUUUGCUGGCAUUUGGUGCUUACUUUCCGGAGUAUGUUAGAGCCAGAUUCAGUGCAGGCUUAAUAUUUUCCAUGCUUCGGGAGCAACCAAAAAUAGAUAGUCUGUCUGAGAGUGGCGCAAAACCGGAUGUAAGUGGUGAUGUACAUAUUCAAAAGCUCUAUUUUUCUUAUCCGGUGAACAAAAAAAGAAUGGUACUUAAUGGUUUAAAUAUCGAGGCGCUGAAAGGAAAAACAGUUGCAAUCGUUGGACCGAGCGGUUGCGGGAAGUCCACUGUGAUCCAGCUAGUAGAACGCUUCUAUGAUCCAAAUGAUGGUCAAAUUUUCUUUGAUGAAACAAGCUCUCGUUCUAUUAACGUAAAACAUCUACGUUCUCAUAUUGCGCUCGUUGGUCAAGAACCGAUUCUGUUCAAUGUUUCGGUCAAGGAAAAUAUAGUUUACGGACUAGAAAAUGUUAGUGACGAGGAGGUAGUAGAAGCUGCUAAGCUAGCUAAUGCUCACGAUUUCAUUAUGGAAAUGUCUGAGGGAUAUAACACUUCUGUGGGCGAGAAAGGAGGCAAACUUUCGGGUGGCCAGAAACAGAGGAUAGCUAUAGCUCGUGCAAUUGUCAGAAAGCCAAAGGUAUUGCUUCUUGAUGAAGCAACAAGUGCUUUGGACUCAGAAAGUGAAAAGGUUGUACAAGGAGCUUUAGAUCGUGCA